AUGGAAAAAUACAUGCAAAGAAAAUCAUCAAGUUAUGAGGGUUUAUUCAAAGAAAUCGACGACGAUGAUAUGUCUGACGACAACAACGAUAACAACCACACACAGAUCAAGCUAGUAGACAAGCACGACACCUCCCAACAACAAUCUCAACAAAACAAAGAAGACAUCAAGAAGGCAUGGAGGUCUACAAGCAACCGGGCAAGAAUGAAACAACAUACAAGACCAAGCAGCAGCUAUGGUAUACCAGACAAACAGAAUGACAGGAAAACACACAAGCAACCAAUACCAGAAAAAAUUAUCAAGGAAAUGAAGUUUGCCACAGCCAACACCAACUCCAGUGAUAGCACAACAAGCAAUGCAAAGGAAACAUAUGAAGCAUACACAUGUACGAAACAUCGGGAAACAAAAUCAUCGAUCAAGCAGGUACGUACUUUUGAUUUCAAAAACAAGAAUACAGAGAAAUGGGAAGUACAGACGAAGAAACAAGUGCCUCAAAGGAAACAAAUCAAAAAGAAGCUUAUUCAUCAUCGCAGAAACACAAAGACAGGAGAAUCAAACUCGCCCUCGGAGGAACAAGCUACCAAACAAGAAACAAAAGAAGAACUGAAGGAUGAUGAUCCAGAAAUAAAUCCACAUCCUCCAACAAAGAUGGAAGAGGAAAUGGACAAGAUGUUCAGCACAGAUGACUACCCAGCAGUUGAAGAGAUUAUCAGUGCAGCUAUACCAAAGGAAGGUGCCCGUUUCAAAACAAGAGACGAUGCAUUCUAUAGAUACGCUCUGUAUGCAAGAAAGGAAGGAUUUGCAGUGAAGAAGUUCAGCAGCAAGAGAUCAGGAAAAAAUGGAGAAAUUUACAUGCAAACGUUUGCAUGUAACAAGGAAGGAUGCACAAACACAGAUGCCGAACCAUUGUCGCACAGGAGAACAAACAUACUACUGAAGACUGGCUGUAAAGCACAGAUAAUUGUAAGAGAAUUUGAUGGAUACUGGUACAUCAAGAAGGUUCACUUAGAACACAACCACCCGCUGGAACCAACAGACUAUCUCAUUAGGUUUGCACACUGUCACAAAAGGAUGACUGAUCUCGACAGGAGAUUAAUUCAUCUACUACAGAUGGGACGUCUGCCACCAAGGAAGAUGAUGUUAAUCUUCCGGUCGAUCAGAGGGAAAUUCCGUGGAAUACCCUUCGAUGCUGUUGAUCUAAGCAACAUAAAGAGUCAACAACAACAAAUAGAGAAGGACCAUGACAUCCGAAGUGCACGGAACGCUUCAAGACACUCCGAAAACAAGACUGGUUUCUAUCAUGCCAUGGAAAUAGACAGCGAAAAAAGAGUUCGGAGCCUGUUUUGGAUGGACGCAAUGUGCGUAAUGAACUACAAGCUGUUCGGUGACUACAUAUCUUUCGACACAACUUUCAGCACAAAUAAGUAUGGCUUACCAUUUGUUCCUAUAGUUGGGGUGAACAAUCACGGCUCCACAGUACUGUUUGCCAUUGCUCUGCUAAAGGAUCAAACAACAGAUACAUUUAUAUGGGUACUGGAAAUAUUUGUUCAGGCCAUGGGUGGAAAAGAACCAAAGACAAUAAUAACAGACCAGGACAAGGCAAUGAAGAAAGCAAUAAAAACAGUUCUAAAGUCCACAACACACAGGAACUACUACUACCACAUCGUGACCAAGAUGAGCCAGAAAGAGAGCACCUUCUUUGCAAAAAACACAGGACUGUCGGAAAUGCUAAUGUACAUUGCAAAGAACGCAUUCACACCAGCUGAGUUCGAAAUGGGAUGGAAUAAAGUGAUAGAGGAUUACAAUGCUAGCGGAGAAGAACACCUAAGCAAGUUAUUCAGGAUAAGACACAGGUGGGUACCAGCAUACUUCAUGGAUAAAUUUUACCCAUUCUCAUCAAGCAUAGGAAGGAGCGAGAGCACAAAUAACAUGUGGAAAUGCUAUAGCCAGCACACAGACACGAUAACAAUGUUCCUUGAACAAUAUGAGGUCAUACAAGACAAGUGCUUAUCUGCCCUGGACAAGAAGAAGCUCACAUCAACACUGAAAACAGCAAAAUUAGUAACAAGACAUCCGUUUGAGAAGCAAGCUCUUGAACAAUUCACAAAUGACAUAUUCGAGAAGUUCCAGAUUGAGAUCACAAAUAACACGGCAUUCAAGGUAGAUGGAUCACUUGAACCUGGUCGCCACCUGCGGCUGAAAAGAAUAGUGAAAUUCUAA